AUGGUUUCCGGACGUCACCCACGCAUGAACCUAUCAAAACGCUCACAAACCUCCGACAUGACUGGGUUCAAUGACACUGUUCCCAGGUACGCAUUGAUGAGAUUUCCUGAUUCUCUCAAUCUUUUUCCUCAUGGACUCGAACCUCCUGCAAAAGAUUUUGACGCCAAUUCCGUUGGUUUUGUCGACAUUGAACAAUUGAGAGAACUGGAAGAGCUGCAGUGCAGCCUAUCGCCUUCCAGUUUUUUUUAUCGUCGGACCAAAUUUCUCAUUGCUUUUAUUCCCAACCUGCACACUUAUGAAACGUAG